AUGACUCAAGGCAAAAAUCAACAAACAACAAAAACAAUCCAUGACGCUGUUCGUGCAAACAAUAUCAAAGAAGUCGAAUUAUUCGUUAGUCGUGGUGCAAGUGUCAAUGAAGUGGACGCACAUUGCGAGGACAAAUUUACACCGUUACAUUGGGCGGCCUACUCAGGGAGUCUAGAGUGUAUGCAUUGGUUAUUGUGGCAAUCCGCUGAUAUGGAUGCCCAAACACCGAAAGGAUGGACACCCAUUCAUAUUGCUUCGAUUCGGGGUCAUGAACCAUGUGUGCAGGCUUUGAUAAAUAAUAAUGUAAAUAUCAAUACGCGAGACCGUCGUAAUCAAACAAGUCUUCAUAUGGCAUGUGCACAUGGAAACUCAUUUGUUCUACAUAGUUUAUUGCGUGGAGGAGCAGAUGUCAAUCAUCGAGAUAUCAACGGAUGGCCACCGGCUUAUACGGCUGCCUAUCAUGGAAGACUUGGUUGCUUGCAAAUGUUAGUUAAGUGGGGUGCAAAAUUAGAUGAGGUCGACAACGAAGGAAAUGCAGCUGCUCAUCUUUCAGCAAUGGAAGGACAUUUGCCGUGUUUGAAAUUUAUUAUUUCAGUCACUCGAGACAUUACAUCGAUCUUAGGUGCUCGAAACGAUCAAGGUGAUACGCCGAAAUCUGUGGCUGAACAGUUUUUCAAAGAAGACUGUUGCAGAUAUUUGGAUGCACUCGAAUGGGAACAGGAUCAUCCUGAACAAGCAGAAAAUCUUGCUUUUCCAGCACAUGUCGCAGCAUUUAACGGUGACUUGGAACAUGUCAAACUAUUAGUCGAACAGGGUGUAGUAAAUAUCAACGAGCGAGAUGAACGUGGUGCAACGUUAGCACAUAAAGCAGCUGGCCAGGGACAUCUGGAAAUUCUUCGAUGGCUGAUGGAAAUGGGUGCAUUGAUGGAUACAACAACACAGAGUGGUGAAACGCCGAAAGACGUUGCAAGACGUUUUGGUCAAUUAGCGUGUCUGAAGUUGCUCGGCGGCGGAGUAGCAGAAAAUUUGGCAGGCAAUGCGAAUCAUAAUAAAAAAGAUUCUUCAAAACGACGAUUUUCGCCUAAGGAAGAAGAACGUGGCCGUGCAAAACAAAAGUUUGAAGAAUUACAAAAACAGUUCGAAAUAGCAAAGAAGAAUUAUCGACAGUUAGGUGGAGAAUUCGAAGAAGACAAUCAACGAGAUACUGCCGAACAAGAUUUGCAGAAAAAAAUUGAGGAACUUGAUGCGCAAUUAGCAUUCGAACGAGUAAAACGAGAGAAACGUGAAUCAGAAUUAGACGAAUGUCGUCGUGAAAUUGCCCGUCUUAUCAAUGAAUUACGAGCAAUGGAAGCGAAUAAACAUCAUGCACGAAAUCGACCAUCGAGUGAAUGUCGUCAACAGCGAACUAAAAAGUCCAGUUCGAUCUAUACCAAACAAUCACGACGAGUAGAAAAAGAAACAGGACUUCCUUUUAUGCGUAAAAGUUCUCUCAAUUCUUAA